AUGGCUCCGGCAUUGCUGACUUCUCUGCCAUACGAGCUGCUGCUCAUCAUUGCGGAGAAACUUGUCGAAGACGACGUUUUCCCCAGUUACAAGACCGAGUGUACAUAUGAGACUUCAGCGGGAGAACUUGAUCGAUACUGGAGAAUCUCACACCAGCUCGAGGAAAACCUUUCAGCCAUGAGAGAUGAAGGGAUAUAUAGACCGGAUAAUGGGGCGAGUCUCGCUCGUCUAGCCAAAGCCGGGAAUCGACGGCUGUCUGAAGCUUGUUACGAGGCUUUCUAUAGGAUGCCUAUUUCCGGGCGAGGCAUUAUCAAGAUUUGGGAUACUCUGGAAUGUUUCAACUCAGCAUAUCAGAACAAAAUUGAACAUCUGAAGACGCUCCGGGGCUACAAGGCGAGCCUUGAGUUGAACCUAGCUCGAAGAAAGGGGCCAUGUAUAGAUGCCACAAGCAACAACUUUGCCAAGGCAGUCUCGUUGAAGCUGCAAAAUUUGAGGAGCCUCGACAUCAAAUACAUCGGCUUUCCCCAUCUCCCACAGCUUGUCGAGGCGCACUUUUACAAAUGCAUUUUCUUGUACCCGUCCCAGAAAGACAUCUUCAAGCAUAUGCCUUCACUUAAAGUGCUUGUUAACGAAGGCUCCUAUUUCAUGGAUGUUGAAGGAGCAGAAGCCGCCCUUCGGGAUUCGGAAUACGACGGUCUUCCCAAUCUUGCGGCGACUGUCGAGACCAUCGAGUUUACUGUGGGCAUGGAAGACCCUGACAUUGAGGCUGCAUUUAAGGAGGACAGCGUGGAAGGGCUUCUAGAUCUAAUCACUCUAAUGGAGGAGAGUUGUCAAAGAGAAUGGCGAAAGGUUCGGCUUAUUGACAUCACCAUGCUCACUGUUUGUUAUGGUUGCGCGUCUCUGACGUGGCCGGGGGUUGACAAGUCUGACUUCCUGGCGGAGUGUCUCCAGCUUAUCGAGGAUGCCAAAAAGCGAUUUCAGCGAGAGCCUGGUAUCAAAUUGUUGAUAUGA